GAUUCCCCAGUCUACGCGGCUGCAAUCCUGCUCCAUCCUAGUCUCCGACGAGCGCAUCUUGAUGAGGCGUGGAAGGACCAAUCGCAUUAUAUAGCCCCGGCAAUUGAUGCUGUACGCAAGCUAUGGGAAGGGUUCAAGCCAGUCCAAGUACUGGAAAUGGAGGAGGAUCUUUCGGCUUAUGAGGCAUAUAAGAAGCGGAUCUAUCAGCAAUCAUCUUCUCAUGAUGAAUUCGAUCGGUUUAUCGAGGGUCCACCUCUGCCUAUCGGUGCUUCUUCCGCCCUUUCG